UUCUCCAUUACACAUCUCUCGGGCUCGGACUCUGGUUCUUUGCCGCUGGUGUUGCUCAGAGAGUUCGAUGUUUUGCUGUUUGUUUUUUUUUUGUUUGUUUGUAUGUUUGUUGUUUUGGCGGUUUCAUUUCGUAUCGUUUCGCUCAGGGGACGGAGUUCCUCGCUGGCAGGCGCGCAAGUCUCUCGGUUAGAACAAGUGGCUCGCAAGGCUUUUUGCAUUGUAUUUUUUUGUUUUGUUUAUUUCACUGUGCCAUCGCUGGUAUGAUCGUGAAGUGUUCGCUCCUGUACGGGGAGAACUUCCUGAAGAAGUGACCUUGCCAUGAAAAGAUCGUGAAGAACGGAUUCUGUAUGUUAAACGGCUCUGAUGGAAUAAUGAGGAUUUGUACGCGCAUGCGAUGGUUUUAACACACGAAGCCUCGAGCAAACGGGAGAAGAAGAUUUAUGCUAAUAAAGUGAUCUCAGUCAAUCGCAUGACGAGAGCAGGGAAUGAUUAUCAAAGGGAUUAGUGUCAGCUGUUAAUUGACCGACAGAGCAACGAUCCGGUGGACCUUUUGCUUUGCGGUGGGUAAUGCUCACGCCAAGCGACACGUGCCUUUGCCUCUCCGGAGGUUUGCAACGAUAAUCACAAUAAAACAACGGGCAGAGGAAUACCCAACACGGAGUGCAUAAAUUGUUCUUUAUUUGCUUGUACUGGCAUCCCCAUUACAUGGUGUUACAUUUCAUUAUCUUGUACAACGCCGCGUCGAAUGUUUUUCCCGUCGCCAGCAUUGGCCCUGCUCGGUCCGGAGUGCGUAGUGUAACAAAACAGAGCCCGAAUAGUGUUGAAACAAGCGCUCUGGGUUAAUUUUCGCUGAAGUGAUUACCAACAACAUUAUCUAGUGCGGUGAGAUUUAUUAACUGGAGCCUGUGUACUCUCGUGUGCCGCGGUGAUAUCGAGCUAACCAAUCCCAAACAAGCCGAGUGAUCCGAGGAAAGCUAUCCUCUUUGUUGAUACGGAUCUCUGGUGUUGUGCCGGGCACAUUGUCGUGGAUUUUGUGGUUUUUGUUUGGGAAGCUGCCGAGACAAGGUAUAUGUUUGGGUGCCUAAUUAGCGGAAUUGACAAGUGGAAGGUUUGCUUUGUAGUGUUUUUUUCUUCGUUGCGUUGGUCGUUACUUUUGAAGUGCAAAUAACUGGAGAAGAACACGCUCUUGGGUUGACGCUUCCUGGGUUGUGGAGAUCCUGACAAGAGAUAGAGAUACAAGAUGAAUCAACAGUGCAAGGUGUGCGGUGAGCCGGCCGCCGGUUUCCAUUUCGGAGCGUUCACCUGCGAAGGGUGUAAGUCAUUCUUCGGCCGCACAUACAAUAAUUUGUCAUCGAUUUCGGAAUGCAAAAACAACGGCGAAUGUGUCAUCAACAAGAAGAAUCGCACCGCCUGCAAGGCGUGCCGUCUCCGCAAGUGUCUGGUGGUUGGAAUGUCCAAAAGCGGUUCCCGAUACGGCCGCCGGUCGAAUUGGUUCAAAAUUCAUUGUCUACUGCAGGAGCAGCAGGCCCACAAGAACAACAACAAUAACAACAACAGCUUGGCCAGCAACAACAAUAAUGACACCAGCAGCAGUAACAGUCUUAGCAUCAGCAGCACCAAUAACAACAACAAUGGCAGUAGUAAUAACAGUUCUUCGGGGCUGCUGCCAAAUGGUUUCCUUCCCAGCAGCUUUCUCUCGAAUCUCUGCAAUAACAAUAACAAUAACAACGUGGCAAUCAAAAAGGAGAUGAAACCUAGCUCACCCUGCGAUUCCGGUGCAUCUUCUGCGGACCCGGAGGAAAGCACCAGUACUAAGGACUCUCUCGCAGCGUAUAAUCACACGAUCUCAGCCAAGGUGGAAGUUCCGGAGGUGACACUCACCAAAAUAAGUCCGAAAGUUAGCCGUAUCCCCGCAACUUCUUCAGCGCUCACUACCGCCAGUACCACCGACAGCUUCCGUCCGCUGCUCGAUCGAAUGUCACCCUACCUGCAUCAUGGUGCGUAUCGACCUGACGCUUCACCAUACUUCCCGAUGCCCUUUGCCAUCCCACCAGUGUCCCUGGCACUGAUAGCGAACAGCAAACAUGACCACCACGAGCAGCACGAACCGAUAGACCUAUCGAUGAAAUCGAAAUCAUCAAACUCCUCCGAUUCUCCACUGCGGCUCGAGUCUGCGUCCCCUCUGCUGGGGGAUGUGUCCGACCCGGAGCAACUGCCUUCUUCCGCAACCAGCAUCAGUCGACCCGUGCCGCUGGAUCUAACCUUUGUGCGGACGAAACCACUCUCUGGGUGAUAGCUCCAGUAAUUUUCUAUACUCAUCGCAUUUUUUUUUUCCUAAAUUGUGACUUACCUUUUUUCGACUAUCUACUCUUCUAGAAUAGUUUGCGCGUAGACCUAAGAGAAUUAUCUUUGAUACAAAUAAACCCGAGAAAAUCACAAAAGUGCCAAAAUUGCUCCAUAAAAUGAAACUUAAAAACAUAUAAAGUCCUCGCAUUAAAAAAAGGAAAUGAAUACUAUUGAAACCACAAUGAAAUGAAAAACAACAAAGGUCAGUUGGGAGCGUUUCCCAAACAGAUUGAAUGACAGAAAAGAAUGCUCAGUGAUUUCAAAACCAGUUGUAGUUAUAUACUCAUAAUAAAAAAUUGUAAACUAUAUAGUGUUAACACCAACCGACGGUUAGUCACGUAGCGACAGCUGUAGCCAGUUAGGGACCAAUUUGCCAGUUUCAAGUAUAGAUUAAGAACUCACACCUUCUCUGUGUCCCGCCAAAUUUGUAGCUACGAUAUUUCGUAGAAAAUUGUGUGUGUACCCUAGACUAUAGUUUGUUUCGGCGUCAUUAUUUUGAUUCCCCGGAACCAAAAUAGAAGCGGGAAAUUGUUUAAGAUCAAUAGCUACAAACAAAACCUCAAAACAGGAAUCCACUGAUGGUGCCAGAUGACAUUGUACAAAUUAUACUCAAACUCAAAAGGUGGGAUGUGGGUGUCAUCCAGAGCCCCAUUUCCACCACAAGAUUGCAUUUGUUUUUUUUUCUUAGCCGUUAUCAGCGACAAUAGUUUAAUUGAUUUGUGUUUUAUCAGAGAGUUUUUAUUUCUUCAACUUAUUUAUUGAUAUUAGCUUGUACUCUCGAAUAGGAGAUUUCAGAUAGCGCCAGCAUGUCAUCCCCAAAAGUACUAGAUAGCGAGUUUACCUGUCGUACUAUUCAUGACCGCAUAGAUUUUCCACCUAGUUGUAAAUAGUUUUGUGUUGUUUUUAGUGAAAUUUUAGUUCCGUGAUC